AUGGUGGACUCUCCAGUUGAGAGAGAUCUGGAUCACGAUAGCAAGAGUCGAGGCAUACGUCCGAAUUUCGCUGAGGAUGUAUAUGGCGAUAAGAAAUUAACACAAGCUGAGGACGUUGAGUACAGCGAAUCUUCGUUAGCUCAGCGGCGAUCUGCUCUUUUGGUGAAGCUCAAGCAGCUUAAGGAUUCACAUGGAACAACAACCGCUGAUAACGACUGCGACAUUGAAUUCGAGUACAGUGAUAGUGAUAGUCUUCUCAGUGAGCUGGCUGAAUUGUACACAUAUUCUGAACUCGAUGACUUUGCUAGUAACAUUCAGUGCUGGAAAGUGUAUGCGGACAAUAACGAGGCAAGUUUCCGUAGCGAAUGCAAAAUGAUGUUCAUCAUGCAAGAUCUCUGUGCGAGGAUGGAGAGUGCCGAAGCGGAUGUGCGACUUGCAAGUGCCCGUAUAAUGCUUUACAUCCUUCAGGGUGCCUAUCUUGACUACACUGAUGAGGAAGAGGUCGAAGCUGGUAUGUUGUUAGCAGCAACUUUUGACAAAGGCACAGGUGACCAUGAAGUGGAUUGUUUACAUAGUGCAUUCCUCAACGCUCACUUGGCUUAUAAAGCUGGCGCUUAUCAGGCUCUCAGUACCUUGCUGAUGACUGAGAUAUGUGAACCCUUUGAUAGUGGCCUUGGUGCAACGACCGAUGGGGGUCGGGAAUCGAAAGCUAGUUCCCGAGGUAGUCGUUGCCCAAGCAGUGCUGACUUAGCAGAAGAUCGACGAAACCGUCGGGCUGCGACAAUAGCGGACAACGAAGCUAUAAGAACGGUGUUAUCCGCGCUUUACCAUAUGCUGUCAAAUGAAGACCCUAGUUUACCACAUAAAAGGAGUGCAUUUCUAGCUGAACUGAGUGAACCGUUAGACCAUGUCGGUCAGCCUUUGCUUCUAGUACUUUUCGAAAUGCUCCCUCCAUUUUACACUGGUUCAUCACCGCAUUUCCCUAUUAAAAAGGUUCUGCUUCUGAUCUGGAAAAUCUUGUUGGCAACGUUGGGUGGUUGGCGUGAACUAGAUACCCAGAAGGCCGCAAAGAGAGCAGCGCUAGCACUUCCAGUGAUGGAAAAUACUAUUGCAGUUGCUUCUUCAUUACCAGCCACUGUUAUCAACGACAAUGAAAGUGCAAGGAUGGCAGCUCGACGUAUUGUUCCGAUUGGACGCGUAAUGGCUCGGCAGUUGGCUUACGCUGGUAGCGAUGAAGUCAAAGACGAAGAAUUCGACAUAGUUGCUAAAAAUCCUAAAAUGUAUUACUGUAAUGUAGCUUGGAGUUGUUAUUUAUAUUGUACCAUUGAAGCAGGUGCGGAAUUACGGCAUGUCUGUAGUGGAGAGCGCACUCCACGAGCCGGUUCUCCUGCUGCUCAUGAACCACCGAAGCAAUGUUUGCCGUGGCGUAGUAAGGUGUCGAAACAGGAACUUGAAACUUUUCUUCAGCAGGAAAGGCAGAAGUUUUUCUCUUAUCAACUACCUGGUGAUAUCAGUACAAUGUUCGCGUUACCAAUACCUAUUCAUCGUAGUGUUGAGACGUUGCGAAAACAUCUUUACACCUCGUUAGGUGAAAUUCAGGUUCAUGAUGAGGACUAUAAUCGCUACAUUUUCUCGAGAAAGGAGGUGAUUGAAAUGAAUAAUGUUGAAGAACUUUAUCGCCUACUUUUGCCAAAUCUCUGUCAAUAUGUGGUAGCUCUGCUCAAAAUAUUGUUGGCUGCAGCACCAUCCAACAAGGCAAAGAAUGAUGCAUUGAACAUUUUGAUUGAUGUGUUAACACCAGAAACAGAAGGUUGCGAUAUCCUUUCGAAUUCGAUUAGCCUUGAUCAUUCGACAAAUAGUCCGCUGGAAGAAAGUGUGCGCCUUGCCAUCGACAUAAACAGGCAUAAAGAAUUCAUAGUUGAAAGACGCAUAGUUACAGAUUAUGCAUUUUCGACUGAAUCAUAUAUAUCAGUGUACGGUAAUGGAAUCCCACUAAUGCUGAAAUUCCUUGACCAAAAUAUGAUUCGCUAUGUUCAAUCGCGUUAUGAAAUACAUGCAUAUAAUUAUCCUCAAGCGCCGCUGCACUACGUUAGAAAUCGAGAUGAGUGGCCGAUACUUAACUCAGACAACGUUGAAAGUGGAGAUGUCGACAGAAGGGGUAUUUACUUUAUGUGGAGAAAUUUGUUCUCAUCAAUAAAUCUUAUCAGGUACCUUCUUAACAAGUUAGUGAAGGGGAAGCAGUCACGUGUGAUGAUGUUGAUGGUGUUCAAGUCGGCCCCCAUACUUAAGCGUUCUCUAAAAAUCCGUUUGGGAUUAUUCCAAUUCUUUGUGUUGAAAGCGUUGAAGAUGCAGUCGCGAUACCUAGGUCGCCAGUGGAGGAAAAGCAAUAUGGAAAUAAUGUCUGCGAUUUACAAUAAAGUUCGGCAUCGUAUGACUGAUGACUGGGCGUUUGCCAAUGAAAUGCGAAAGUCAUACGAUUACCAUAGUGAAGAAAGCGAAUUAAAAGCUGCAGUUGAACGCUUCCACAGUCGGAGGUACUCGUGGUUACAUCCACAGCUUAGCAUUGAAGUGAGCGAUGCUCCAAUGCCGGGUGAUGAUUACCUGAAUCGAGUCAAUCUUCGUGAUUUUGAACCUGUUGAUAAUUGUCUGCAUUCCGUUCUUGGGAAACAACCCGAGCUUGGGAAAAGAUUCAAAAGUAAUUAUCAGAAAUGGAUGAAAGAUGAGGUGCUGAAACGGAACAUUGAUUGGAAUCGUCUCUUAAUGAACACGAGAGGAAUCGCCUUGUCCAAAGACGUAACGUGCUAG